UCUGUCAAAAUGGACGUCAGUGUUACAUUUAGGGUAGCAGGAUUUUACAUUUUUUGGUAAUUAUUUUGCGUCAAUGAGCUUUCAAAGAAGGAGCACGGAGCCUGAAUUUAAAAGUAAACCUGUGGAAACAAUCCAUGUGUUUAGACAUCUCGAUCCUUCAGCCCCCAUUGUAUUGCCAGAAAAAGCGUCAAAUAGAAAGUGCACCGACAUUGCAUUCCUUAUAGUUUUUGUGUUGUGCCAAAUUAUUCUGAUUGUUUCUUCAACUUACUUUGUAUGGGUUAGCGACCCAAAAAUAACUGAGUUGGGUGAAGAUGGUUGUGGCAAUACUUGUGGAAUAAAAAAUGUUGUAAAAUACAAUGAAACAUGUCCACUAGAAGAUUAUACAGAUUAUCCACUUGAACUUUUCACUUCAGAAACAUGUGUUUCGAGGAAGGAAUGCGAGGAAAUGGACAUGGUGGUAUACUAUAUAUAUUGCUAUAUAAAACUCGAACCCAAUUUAACCGAAGAGGAGGCUAAUGCCAUCAAGCUCCUGAUUUCUAUGGAAGACUCAGAACCAUAUUUAAAGAUUAUAUACUUUGUUUUAACUCCAAUUGUUGCGUCAGUGUUUUCUAUUGCUGUAUUUGGUUUAUUUAAAUGGGAUGCAUUUUUUGCAUUUUACUUUUUUGCCAUAUUUACAUCCAUACUAUUUAUACUUGCGGUUCCUGGUCUAUGGUAUUUAAUAUAUUACUUAGUCACAACCAAAGGCUUUUUAAAUCGGGCAGUUUGGUUAGUUUAUGUCCUUACUAUUUUUUGCACUUUAAUAAGUAUUUCUCUACCUAUAUUGCUCUUUUUUCGUCGCCGAAAAACUAAAUUUUUAAUUCAAAUUUAUCGAGAAAUGAUACCAGCCAUUUUUAAAUCAAACUUUAUGCUGUUUCUACCAAUGCUUGCCGUUAUAACAAUAAUGAUACUAGGUUUUGUGUGGAUGAUUUUAUUUGAACAUGCACUUAGUGUAAAAAUUCCAGAAAACUCUUCACUUCCUGCCGGGAGAUUGGUUUACAUGGUUUUUUUAGGUUUUAUGGCAUACUGGAUAUUUCUAUUUGCAUUACACUGCCAAGGUAUGAUAGCAUCUGGCGCAGUCGCAGGCUAUUACUUUGCAAGAGACAAAGAUUCUUUGAAGAAUCAAUAUUUAAAAUAUUCCGGAAUAGUGGUUCGGUACCACCUAGGUACCGUUGCAGCGGUUUCAUUAGUAAUUGUAGUGAUAAAAGGAAUUAAAAUGAUAAUCCACAGCUUGAGAGACCAUGAAUUUGAAGCAAUAGAAAUUGCUCUCAACGUUUUAUGUCACUGCAUUGAGGAAUUUUUGCAUUACAUUAGUACCAAGGCAUACAUCAUGACAGCAAUCCAUGGCAAAAAUUUCUUAAAAUCGGGUAAAAGAGCAAUUCGAAUGAUGUGGAUCCACUUCUUGGAUUUGAUCCAAGUCGACGGAUUCAAUCUUGUAGCCUUGUUUUCUGCUGGUGUAACAAUUAUCAGUAUUUGUCUAUCUGUUACAUAUACUAUUUUGAAUGACGAACAUAGAUAUGUUAUAUGGUUUGCUCUAAUUGUAACAGCUGCAAGUGCUACAGUUACGCUAAUAUUUUUUUUCACAUUGAUAAGUGUUUCAAUUUCAACACUAUUUUUGUGUUACUGCGAAGACCGGCAUUUGAACGAUGAUUCAGACCAACCUUAUUUUAUGAGUCAAGAACUUGCAACUGCAGUGAGUGAAGCUCUCGAAUUUGCUGCCAUAAGAAGGGCAGAAAAGGCACAUCAACUACGGCAAAGAAGUCGCCAUAAUCAACAAAGCAAUUCUCAAAUUGUUCAAUAAAAACGAAAUGAACAAUCUUGUAAAAC